UGUGGAUGCCUAGUGUCUGCGUUCUGCGUUCUGACCCCACAUUCCGUUCGCGGCCCCUCUGUAUGCGUGCUAAGUUUGCCAAGCAAGAACCAAGUUGGACCUAUUGGAUUUUUUUUUGUAACUUUUCAGCCCUCAUUGACAAUCGUCCUAUUCCUAAUCAUUAAAGAGGCGUCUUUCUUGGAGUAAGUCUUUGGAUUGAAUUGGUGUGUUCGAGUACCUCUUUCUUCGCAUCGAGCGGCUGUAGAAGUGGAUAAAUAUGAUCCUAUUCUCUGGAGAAACAGUAACAUGUUACAGAUAAGUAGGGCAGAGUUUCAUUAAGGAGCUCCUUCAUUACGGUUUCUUAUUUAAGAAGACAAUUCAUGAUCUAUUCUUGUCGUGCAGCCUAUUGCCCUUUUCGGCCACCUUGCCCAUGGGGACAUCCAACCCAAAAACAUUUCGAUUGGACCUGAACAGUGUGUAGUCCCUACUGUGCUGUGCCCGGUGCGUCCCCGCAGCGCUUCUCCUCUCACCAUGAGCCUUGUGUCGGGCUUCCCUCACCACCCGGUCAUGCACCACCACGACAGCCACUACUCCUUCCACGCUGCAGCGGGCCGAUGUCACGAGGAGACCGGAGGACCUCCGUACUUUACGGGCUGGUUGAUCAGCCACGCAGACAUGUCCCCCACCGAUUACGCACUCGCGCCCGGCUACAGCCCAGAGUACCUGGGAAACACGGCUUCUGCCGUCGGACUGGACCCUCAUCAUCACCAUUACGGGUCGGCUCUGGUCCCGGCCGGGAUCUCGGUGAACGGCAGCACGGGCAUGCACCACCACACGCACCCCCGGCCCGUGAAGCGGAGACCCACGGCCAACCGCAAGGAACGACGCCGAACUCAGAGCAUCAAUUCGGCUUUCGCCGAGCUGAGGGAAUGUAUACCGAAUGUACCGGCGGACACCAAGCUGUCUAAAAUCAAGACCUUGAGGCUGGCCACCAGCUACAUCGCAUAUCUGAUGGACAUUCUGGACAAAGACGGUCAGCACGGAGACACAGAGGCCUUUAAAGCCGACUUUAAGAAGACAGACGGGAAGGAGGAGAGGAGGAAAAGAGAAGCAGUGGAGGUUCUGAAGACCCCUUCGUCCACAGUGGGGGACAAGAAGACCAAGGGCCGCACGGGAUGGCCCCAGCACGUCUGGGCCCUGGAACUCAAACAAUAGACACACGUUACUCACCGGCGGGCUCUUCUAAUGUACGAGACGGAAGGCGGGAACAUUCACAACCUUUUUUUGUUGUUUGAGAGUUGACAAAUUGCGCGGGACGUGUCGUUCAGCAGAAUGUGGCCCUGGCGCCAAAUCACGAUCAGACGGUCGGCUCCCCCUUCUCCGGGUCUCAUGCUUACUGCCUCCCACCACGUAAACAAAAGCGCGCGCAUACACACGCACAUACGCACGCACACGCACGCACACACACACACACACACACACACACACACACACACACACACACACACACACACACACACACACACACACACACGCGCACACACACAAACACACAGUCUAUGUUCAGCUGCGUUAAAAGAUAGGCCUACAUGUAUGUGCAAUGUUUCCCUGGUGAAUGGAGUUGAUUGGGAAAGACUGAACCGACGCCUUCAUUCAAUGGAUGGAAGGACAUUGUCUUAAUUAACCGAUGUCGUUAAUGAACAAUUAUCUAUUAUAGUUGGAAAGAACAAGUCAUUUGUAAGACUACAGAUGUAUCAGUUGUUAAACUCCUCGUUGUUAUAUCGGAAUUCAUCCCACUAUAUUCGGAGUAAAUGUCGGAGGCGUCCCGGUGAUGGAGGUGUCAGUAUUAUCUGUGUUGUUGUCGUCGUUGAGUCGUAUCAGUAGGCCUAUUCAGUGGUGGAUUCUUUCAAAUACGUAUCUCCUGCCCCCUGGCGAGGUCUAUAACUGAUAAAUAGUCUAGGCUGUUGUUGGUUGUUAACAGUGUAAUUGAUACAAUAAAAAAAAGAUUUAAAAUAGUAUGUCUCCGUAAAUGCCCCGUUUCGCUACGCGGCAACUGGCGAGAACCACCAGCGGGUUAUUUGAAUUAAUAGCCUAAAUAUUCGGCCAUAGCCUAUCUUUGUCAUUUGUCCAGAGCCUAACAAUGUCAUUUCACAAUUAAUUUAACAAUUUAAACAAUUAAAAUGUUAAAAUCCAGUUCAUUGUCUUGGCAAAUAUUGACGUGAAUAUAACGUAGGCUUAUAAUAAAUCGGUCAUCGAUUAAUUUCUUAAAAGUAGGCUUAUGCAUUAUACUACUUUAUUAGAAAAUGUAAAUGUGUCCUGUCAACCUGCUACAAUCAUAAAUGUUUUUGUUAUCAUCGUUAAAUGUCAAGGCAAAAACAACCAAUCUUCAAACAUUAGUCAGGCAAUUAUAGUAGGACUACACGUUACAGUUAGGGAUGUGACCACCAGAAUAGAGAAUGUAAAAACAAUAGUGGGCGUGUUUUAAAGUAUUUUAAAGAUAGAUAUCCAAAUAUUCAACAGAACUGUCUUCAAAACAAAACUUUUAGUACAAAGAUAAAGGGGAUUAUGGCUGAAUGCAACCGUGGAAAACAUUAUGGAUUCAUUACAGAUGUGUCAAUAUUGUACCUGUUCAUGAGCCAGAUGUCCCUAAUCCUCAGGGCAGCUUCUGCAAAGCUAUCCAAUGUAUGUUAACUUCAUCAUAAUUUAAAUAAAAUGUGUACCAACCUAUUUCAGCCAGGCUGUUACAGAAAGUUAGAGAGAAUAAUAUUGGCAUAAAGACCAGAAACCAUAAAGCAUGUGCACUUUUUCUCAAUCCCCACUCUUAGUUUAUCACCGCUAAUCUCUCUGACUCUCCCUUAGGUUCUCUGCUAUUUAUGUGCCUCUGACUCAUGUAUUCAUUCCUCUUUUAACCAUCCACCCCAGCCCCCACCAUCACCACUUCUGUCUCUCACUCUCCUCUAUCAUCUCCACCUCUGCUGGUCCACCGCUCCCUUCAUCUGCCUGUCCCACCUCACCGCCAGUCUGUCCGUCUGGCUGCCCCGCUGUCCAUCUGCUGUACUCUAAGUGCAGACAACUGGGGAGUGUGAUAGAUGACUUGGAAAGCAUUUCUUCCUCUGUUAAUAACAUAACAUCUGUCAGCAAUUACUUGCUGAUAAAUGCCGCCGACCCUCGCCCCUCUCUCCCUCUUACUCCAUGCCCUGCGACUCCUGCCUUCCUCCACCAUCGCUGACGUGUGCUGGGACUCUCAGCGACGGGAAAGGGAACCAGAGCGAACUACCUUUAGAAGGAGUAGGGCUGAAGGCGAGGUAUUGGUGCUCAGAGAUUCAGACAUUAUUCUGAAAUGGCAGGACAAAGAUUUAACUAUAGAUCCUUUUAUUGCUGUGUGCCAAUCUGGAAAUGUAAUGUAACAACAAAUGGUCAUUAUAAUGUCCCAGUCCGGCUCCUAUUUGGAUUAUUAGACCUACUAAUUUUCAGCCUUGUUUUGACAAGCAUUUGACAACCAUGAAAUGAUUCUAAGUGAUAAGGGAAGUAUUCAUUUAAAUGGAAUGAAUACAAAUUGUGGAUUAUUCACCAUAGACGGCUAGGUAUUAACAUCUAUUAAAUUGUACGCAAAAGUGAA